CAGUGUGCACAUUCUGCUCAGUCCCUGCUUUUUUCUCUCUCUCUCAUUUGCUCUCCCUCUCUCUCUCUCAGCAUCAGCAGCAGCAGGGCAGGGAAGCAGCUGUCUCCCUGAUUCGAAUACCAGAGCCACCAGUCUGCUGGAUCAGCAUCCUUGGCUAAAACCACAGGAGGGUCAGGCUGUAAAGCCGAAGAGUCUGUUGUGGAGAUCUCUAAUCAUCCUGAAGCAAUCCCUGGAGAGACAAAAACAGCAAAAACUGCAACAAAUCCCAACAUUGACUGGAAGGCUGCCAUUCCUCAUACAGGGACCUGAAGUAGAAGAACAGGGAGAGGAGUGGUACAGGGUGGGUUUCAACGGCUCCCUCUCUCUUUCUACAUCUCCUUUACUGUCUUUUUCUGAGAGGAUCCUUAUCUUCUCUCUCUCUUCUUCUCUUUUUCUUAGUAUGCGAAUGUAGUUGGCGGAUAAGGGACAGGUUUCUAGCUCGCUGCUGCAUUAACAGGCAGUGCACAGACACGGCGGGGCAGAGAGUGGACAGCUUGGGGAACCUGAGCUACGGUAGGAGAGGAAGGGGACAACGCAUCGCAAACGACAGAAACACCCUUAUUCUGCCACCAUUCACCCAUCCUUUUCUCUCUCUAUCUCUAAGCUCCAAGGUUGUUUUUUCUCCUCGUUGUCAUCAAUGGAUUCUGUCUUUUUUCCCACUGGAGAAUAGCAAACAACUCAGUGCUGGGAGUUGGCUUGGUUUUGCUCCAAAACUGAAGAAAAAAAGCAUAAAAAGAGAGUACCUUUGUGGAUGUUGUAGAGAGCGGGUGGUCUGAAGAGGGAGCAACAGCGCACCCAGGGCAAAUCUCUUUUCUCUCUGACGGGAGGGACAGCUUUCUGUAUCUGGGGCUGAGAAGCUGACUCAGCUACGGUGAGAUAGCUGCAGAAACUCAAGGAUCCUGUCUGCCUUGCCUACUUACUGUAGGUGAGGGAUUCAGAACAGCCCCUGUAAGUUUUUCUCAUCAGCAUCAAUAACUCAAACGCCCCAUCUUGGAAUAUUGACCGAGGGAAUGAGAAAGGGUGUGAAAUAAAGAGGGCUAUUCUAUUCUCCUCUUCAUCUAUUUUGUCUGGAUCGUCCUCGGAGUUGGAAGUCUUGGUCGCUUUUGGGGAGGAUUUCAGUUGGACUAAAGAUCAUUCCAAGUUCCAACGCAUCUACAUCGGCUUUUUCCACCUCUGUUGUGCAUCUCUGAGUGUGUCUGAGUGUGUUUGUUUGUACGUAUCUGUAUGUGUGUGUUACUGUGUGUGUGUAUGCGUUUGUGAGCAUCUUGUUGCCUGUGUUUCCUUCUUGAUGUCCAGCAUUGUCGGUUGCCAUUCUGCCUCGUGCUGCCCAUGCCUGUCACGCGCCUGGCCCCAAGGUUAACCCUUGCUAAGCCGCGUGCAGGAUGAGCGAGAGCUCCGGUGCAGUCACAUCCGGGGCAGUGAUCCUGGAGGAGUGUCCAGAGGGGAGUGGGGAGCGAGAGCAGGUCCAAGCCCAAGAACCAGGGCGCCUGCGCUGUGGAGGCUGCACCCUGUGGCCCCGCCAGCAGACAUGGCUAUGUGUUGUCCCUCUACUCAUAGGCUUCAUUGGCUUGGGACUAAGCCUGAUGCUGCUCAAAUGGAUUGUGGUGGGCUCUGUUAGGGACUACGUGCCCACAGACCUGGUGGACGCCAAGGGUAUAGGACAGGACCCCAUGUUUCCCCCCCAUCUCUCCAAGCCCAGCGCCUUGCCUAAGAACUCAGACACCACCAGUACUACCACCACGGCAACCAUUACUACCGUGGCCAACCCCACCACAACCACCAUCACGGCAGUAAGGGGCAGAACUCUAACUGUCGUCGCCAACCACCCUGGUGGCACCACUACUACAGCCAAGGUGGGUGGUGCAUCAGGCAGCCAGGUUACACCUCGCAGCACCACACAGCGCCAAGGCAACUCUGGGGGCGGAGGACCACAAGGCCCCCUUAUUACUACAACCAACGCCGCACCGGUCGCCGCCUCCACUUUUACCACCUCCAGUCCUAAACCUUCUAACCCCACUGUGCUGCAUGACUCCACACAAAUGUGGACCCAUGAACACACGACGGAGAGGCCUGCCUCCACUCCCACAUGGACCCAUGUGAACCGAAAAACACCAUCACCCACCAUUCCUCCAUUGGUCUCAGAGCAUUUCAAGCAAUGUCACGAGAAGGACCUGGCCUACUGCUUGAACGAUGGAGAAUGCUUCGUCAUCGAGACGCUGAGUGGACCACACAAACACUGCAGGUGUAGAGAAGGCUACCAGGGUAUACGCUGUGACCAGUUCCUGCCCAAGACUGACUCCAUCUUAUCUGAUCCAACAGAUCACUUGGGCAUUGAGUUUAUGGAGAGCAAGGAGGUGUACAAGAGACAAGUGCUGUCAAUCACCUGCAUUGCCGUGGGGAUAAGUGUUCUGGGCACGCUCUGUAUGGCUCUCUACUGUCGGAACAAGAGACGCAGGGAAAAACUCCAGGCCCACUUGAAAGAGAGCCGCAGCCUGAAGAACUACAGCGCCAAUGCCUCUGCCCUGGAGUCCAAACCCGGCCUGAGGCCUAACGCAGGCCUGCAGCUGCAGAAUUAUUGUAAGAGGUCCUCCCAGCCACAUGAGGGAGCUGUCUGGGAGUCCAGCUUUGCCCAGUGCAACGCCACCCCUACCAACAACUCCAGAGGUCCAGGCAGAGAAAAAAAAUACAGAAGCGGCUCCCUGUCUCACAGUCCAGACCAGAGAAGUAGAGCCACCCAUUGGUCAGUACCGCGUAGAACUCUGCCUAUACCCAGGGGAAGACUAAAUCCAAAUGGAGGAUCCAAACAUUCUGGCCCCGCCUACCAACACCUCCAGGAGUUGGAGUCGUCUGAGAGAGAGGUUGAGUCAUUGAGAGGGUGCCAGAUUGUGAGGGCCGGGAGCGACCCGCGACAGGAUGCCUUUCUAAAUAUGCAACCCCCCAUGUCAGUGGAGACGUCGUGGGAGAGCAGGGUGGAGGUGCGCUGCUGUCCUCUGGACCAGGGCCUGGACCAUGACAUCUCUACUUCCACCUGGAGCCUCAGGCGUCCCAGAUGUCCAAGCCGCUCUUCCCCUCCUCCUUUCCGGACCUGCUCCAUCCCUAUCAUCCCCUCUGUCCAGGGCCACAAGGACGAGGUCUCCUGUUUGCAAACAGCUACUGGCUCAGCCACCUGCAGCACCAUGCCCAGUAAGGAAGUAGGAGGGCACUCCCUCAUCAUGCUGCACCCCACCUCCACCUCCUGCUCCUCCUCUAUUGGGGGCCAGCAGCAGGACGAGGUGGCCCUUCUCCUAGAGGAGGCCCAGGAGCAUCUCAGGGCUCUUGCCCACAGGAAGCAGGAAGACAGCGUCGGCGCCACCCCUCAACUGCCCAGAGAGACUGUGUGCUUCCUGACACUCAAUGGUGGAGGAGCGGGGGGUUUGAGCCCUAAUGGACCCACUGAGACCCAGUUAAUGAGCCCUAAAGAACCUCACAGAGACUCAGCCCAGCCCUGCCAAUGAGACAACGAGGUCUGGGCCCUAGCUUUCUGUCUGGAUCUACAGUAAAACAACUGUAGUGUCUUGAAGUCAAGACUGUAGAGAGCUCUGCAUCAAAGGGAUGAGAUUAAACUGAAUAGAGAAAAAUAAUAUCAUGGAAUAAACAAUGUGCAUACUGUAUGGAAGAAUGAACAGAGGGAUGGUCUAUGGAGUGAUGAAGAGAGAUAUUAUGUAUAUGCAUUUAUUUAAAUGAGAAGCUUCUUAGACAAAAGAAACCAAAUAGUCUGUCAUCUCCAUGGUGUUUUUAAUUGUAAAAAAAUAUAUAUAUAUAAAUAUAUAUGGAUAUAAAUAUAUGGAAUUAAAAAGGUGACCAAGUUCAGUUGAGGAAUACAGGAAUGAUGUACCGUCUUUCUUUUUUUGUAACAACUCCUCCACAUUUUUCAGGCUUGGAGCACGUUUGUGUGGACCCCAUGCACCCUUACCCCUUCUGUUUUGCUACCUGGUGUGAACCGACGAUGCAGUUAAACAUGGCUGCCACAGCAACAGUAUCUACUGUAAAACAACCUCUCAACUACCAUUGUGAGUCUACCCAGCCAAGGAUUAUAACAGUCCCCCUUGCCUUGGAUAUACCACAGCAGUAUAUUGAAGAACAAUUACAGAAUGAUAUAGAGAGACUUUUGCCGAUAAACUACCCCAGGUUGACCCUGUCACUGGCUUGGGACAGCAGGUUGAUAAGACAGGCGUGAUGCUAACACGGUUGGCUAGUUUGGUGUCUUAUUCCUUUUUUGUACGUGAGUGGAAUUCCUCCUCUGCUGACCAAGUCGUUUAGCAUGGGUGUUUUUUUCCCCUCUGUCUAACCCCACACAACUCUGAGUACACACACACACACAUUCCCUCAGCACACAACGACGUGUACAGGUGUGUUGGGGGUACACAGCAGGGAUGGAGGGACCAAGGAUAAUAGGCCGGCACGAGUGGAGGAGUUUCUGUUUUUUAGUUUCAGUUUGUUCGUGAUGAACAAUCAGCUGCUUUCUGGGGAAGGGGAGGGG